UAAAAAUUAAAAACAAAACAAAAACAAAGAGACAUAGAUGAGGGGGUGCAAAGAGAUUAAAAUUUAGAGACUCGCACAGACACAGACAGAGGAACUACUGUACUCUGUACUCUAGGUUAAGUGUGGAGUGGUAAACUCAAUUGCUUUUUAAAUAUUCAAUAAUUAUGGAAGUUAAAGAGGAGUUGGAGGAUUAUGACCAAAGAUACCUGGUCAGUCAGCUGUCCACAGAAGUGCAUCUCACAGAAGUGAAGGAUGAACCAGACAAAUAUUCACUUGACAGAGCAAAUAAAAAUUAUUCAGAGGAGGAGAACGAAAUGAAAAUUAUGAAAACACCUUCAUCUCAUAAAGACGAAGAAUAUAUAAAUCAGCACUCUGAAGAGAAAACAUUAAAUAAAAAUCAGAAAACACAUUUGAAAAGUAAUGGUAAAGAAAGACCUUAUAAAUGUGAAAUUUGUUUUAACCAUUUUUGCCACAAAUCCGGUUUAAAUAAACACAUAAAAGUUCACACUGGGGAAAAGCCUUAUAAAUGUGAAAUUUGCCUUAAGCACUUUGUUCAAAAAGUUCAUUUAGAUGGACACAUGAGAACUCACAGUGGGGAAAAGCCUUAUAAGUGUGAAAUUUGUCUUAAGCAGUUUACUCAACAAAGUUCUUUACGUAAACAUUUGAUGGGUCACACUGGAGAAAGACCUUAUAAAUGUGAAAUUUGUAUUAAGCAGUUUCCCCUUAAAUCCGAGUUAAAUAGACAUAUGAAAGUUCACACUGGGGAAAAGUCUUAUAAAUGUGAAAUUUGUCUUAAGCAGUUUGCUCAAAGAAUUCAUUUAAAUGGACACAUGAGAACUCACACUGGGGAAAGACCUUAUAAGUGUGAAAUUUGUCUUGAGCAGUUUACAUUACGAAGUAUUUUAAAUAAACAUGUUGUAGUUCACACUGGAGAAAGAGCUUAUAAAUGUGAAAUUUGUCUUAAGCAGUUUUCUCACAAAUGUACUUUAACUAAACAUAUGAAAUGUCACACUCGCGAAAAAUCUUAUAAAUGUGAAAUUUGUCUUAAGCAGUUUACUCACAAAUAUCAUUUAAAUGAUCAUAAGAGAAUUCACACUGGAGAAAGACCUUAUAAGUGUGAAAUAUGUCUUAAGCGGUUUACUCAACAAGGUACUUUAAAUAAUCAUUUGAAAGUUCACACUGGAGAAAGACCUUACAAUUGUAAAAUUUGUCUUAAGCAGUUUAUUCAACAAAGUAAUUUAAAUAACCAUAUGAAAGUUCACACGGGAAAAAGAUUUUAUAAAUGUAAAAUUUGUCUCAAGCAGUUUUCACUACAAAGUAAUUUAAAUAAACAUGUUGUAGUUCACACUGGAGAAAGAGCUUAUAAAUGUGAAAUUUGUCUUAAAAAGUUUGCUCAUAAAAGUACUUUAGAUAAACAUAUAAAAGGUCACACUGGCGAAAGACCUUAUAAAUGUGAAAUUUGUCUUAAGCUGUUUACUCACAAAUAUCAUUUAAAUGAUCACAAGAGAAUUCACACUGGAGAAAGGCCUUAUAAGUGUGAAAUUUGUCUUAAGCGGUUUACUCAACAAAGUACUUUAAGUAAUCAUUUGAGAUGUCACACUGGAGAAAGACCUUACAAUUGUAAAAUUUGUCUUAAGAACUUUAUUCAACAAAGUAGUUUAAAUAACCAUAUGAAAGUUCACACUGGAGAAAGACCUUAUAAACAGUGGCGUGCUGAGCAUGGUUUCGCGUGAACCGUGGAACCAAGGAUCUGAACCCGCUCUAACGCGCUUUUUGCGUCGAAGAAGAAAGAAAAAAUCGAAGAUAAAGAUCGGUCACUUAUCUUAACCCGAAAUUUCAAAAUGAGGUGAUUUAUAUUUGCUAGUAAACUCAAUUAAACGUGAACUAAUUCAUAAUAUUAGUGCAUCUCCAUUUUUUUCGAUAUUUAGAAAUUGUGUAUGCCAAAGAAAAUGUCUUAGAUGUUGUAAUUAACGAAUCAUUUUUAGGAUUUGUUCUGAUUACUGACAAAACUGCGUGUACACUUAGCAAUAAAAUUUUGGCCGAAAUAAAUAAAUUAAAUACAGGGUGGUCCUUAAGUAAUUGUACAAAAAGAAACAGUAGAUUCUACACUCUAAAAUAUUACGAUUUAACCCAACUUACUUUAAUAAAAUGUUGAUAUUAAGAAAGAUACAGGGUGGUAAAGUUGAAAUUUAAAGACUAAGUUUUCACUCUAAUGGCAUAUAACAUAUCCCACCAGAAUGAAAAUGGUUAUUCAUUUUUGAAAUUUAAAAUUUAAUUUUUCGUCAUAACUUUCAUGUUUAUGGAGAUUUAUUUACAAAAAUUUAUAAGUAGAGGUUUUGAGUAUGAAGAAUUAUAAUUUGAUGCAUAAUUUUGAUGUAUCUCAUAGAGGACGCCACAUAUGCCACAUAUUUGACAUAAAGGGCCUAGCCGGGUAAGAUGAUGAAAAGUGCCCCCAACUCGAUUCGAAUUCCAUAUAGAUCACCGUUUAGCAUAUAUAGUGAAACUAACUUUCUGAAAUUUUUAGCCCCCUAGGUGGUCAUGUGACCCACCUAGAGCCUAAUUAGGCUUUUUAAGUUUUUAUUUUUUAUCUCAGCCGCAUAAAAAGUUUUUAUCUCAUCUUUUCAACUAGCGAAAAACUUUAAAUAAAAAAUUUGUAAGAUUUAAAAUGUUCUGUGCGAAAAAAAAUUUUUUUUUAAUUUUUGGCGGGAAAUUUAAAUUUUAGAAC